AUCACGGCGUCACACCGCAGCGAUUGCGGAUCCACAAAUCGGCAAUUCGGCAGCUGUAUCAGACUUUGGGGACAAGCUAGAGGAAUGGACAACCGGUGCCGAGAGGGACCGGAGGGCCGAGCCUCGUGACCCAUCGGAAGCCAGCAUGUGUUGCAGAGACAACCCGCCUGCCUCCCCAUCCGCAGCCCCCUAAUCCGGUUUGCCUGCAGCCCUCCUCCCUCCGCGGGGACCACAAUGACACCCUGGUGAGUGAAUGCACACACUGGACGGUAGUUCACAUGAUGCACAUCGAGAACCGGGCCAGGAAGACGCUCCAGAACUGUGGACCCAUCGUUUCCGCCAUCACCCCCCUCCUCCUCUUCCGACUGGUGUCAGUGUAUGAUGGAGAGCUCCAAUGGCUCUGACACCAGAUCCAACCAACAUCAGCUGGAGAGGAAGAGACCGAACCGGGUUCCCUCUCCGGCCAGACCUUUCCUGAAGGAUGUCCACGCCCGCUCCGCCAAGCCGCCAGCUAUCGCACCCAAAUCCCCCAAACUCGGUAAGCAGCAGCAGGCUCCGAACCGCAGCUCACGACACAACAUCACCCCGGUCAAAGAGAAGCCUGUGGCGGCAAGGAGCAGAACCAAAGCCGGGGUGGCCAAAAAGCUGACCAGGCUGCCCCAGCAUGCAUCAGCGGAACCCAAAACCAGCAGUCCUAUCUUUUCUAAAGCCAAGAAGGGGAAGCUUGUUUCCAUCAGCGAUGGCUCCCCUAUUCGUGUACCAACCGGCCCUCUCGUCAGCCAGACCGACAGCAGCUCGGACCUUUCGGACUGCGCUUCCGAGCUGGCGCCGGCGGCCAGCAGCGAUGCGGAGUCUGGGACCGGUUCCAGCGACCGGGAUCAUCUGGGAGCAGACCGGCCGGCUGCUGCAGCUCCAGUGCACACAAUCGAGCCUAAUCCUGUCCCCAAAGGGUCAGCAUCCCCUUUCCAGUCCGGUCCCGGGACCCUUGCAGAGAGACCCAAAACCGCACCAAGUACACAAGGAGGAGGCAAGGACGGAACCGAAGAAGACCUGCUGAGGGAGAUAGAGGACUUGAGAUCUGAAAAUGAUUAUUUAAAGGACGAGGUGGAGGAGCUGCACGCCGAGAUGGAGGAGCUGCGUGACACCUACAUGGACGAGGAGGUCUACCAGCUGCAGGAGCUGCGACGCGAGCUGGGCCGCUCCAACAAGAACUGUCGCAUCAUCCAGUACCGACUGAGGAAGGCCGAGCAGAAGAGCCUGCGGGUCGCCCAGACGGGCCACGUGGACGGAGAGCUCCUGCGCAGUCUGGAGCAGGAUCUCAAGGUGGCCAAAGAUGUGUCUGUGCGUCUCCACAACGAGCUGGAGAGCGUGGAGGACAAACGCAGCCGCGCCGAAGAUGAGAACGAGCAGCUUCGCCAAAAGAUCAUUGAGGUCGAGAUCUCCAAGCAGGCGCUGCACAACGAGCUGGAGAGAGCCAAAGAGACUGCACUGAGGAGACGAGGAACGUUAAAGGACAAGAAAUCCACCAGUCAGGAGGACAACGCCGAUCUCAAGUGUCAGCUCCAGUUCUCCAAAGAAGAGUCCACCUUAAUGCGUAAAAAGAUGGCCAAGCUGGGCCGGGAGAAAGACGAGCUGGAACAGGAGCUCCAGAAGUACAAGUCGGUCUACGGGGACGUGGAUAGUCCGCUCCCCCUGGCCGAGUGCUCAGGCGGUGGCCCUCAUUCCACCCGGGAGGCAGAGCUGCGACUGCGCCUCAAACUGGUGGAGGAAGAGGCCAACAUCCUGGGAAGGAAGAUUGUGGAGUUGGAGGUAGAAAACCGAAGCCUGCGGGCCGAGAACGAGGACAUCCGCUGUCAGUACGAACGGGACUGCUUUGGCCGAGAGCCCUUCUCCAGCGUGCCAUCGUCGCCUUACGGCGGUGAUGUGCUGGAGUCGGCCGGCGAGCUCCGACGCCACCUCCAGUUUGUGGAGGAGGAAGCAGAGCUGCUGCGUCGCUCCAUUUCGGAGAUUGAGGACCACAACCGGGAGCUCACCUCUGAGCUGAACCGCUUCAAGUUUGGGCCAAGUAGCGGAUUGGAUGGUGCGGACAGCAGCAAUGGAGGACUCUUUAAGCCAGGCAAUGGCUCCAAUGGAGGGAUGAUGAUGGAGGAGCUGAAAUCCGCCAGGAUGCAGGUCAAUGAGCUGAGUGGCAAGGUGAUGAAGCUGCAGUAUGAGAACCGGGUCCUCCUGUCCAACGUCCAGCGCUGCGACCUGGCAGCACACCUGGGCAUGAGAACUGGCAGCCCUCGAGAAAGCGAUGCUGACAGUGACGCUGGUCGACGAGAAGCCACUGAAGAUGAGGAGGCAGGACGACUCCUUCUCCUCCAGCCCAAGAGAGAAGGCCCCGUAGGAGGGGAGAGCGACUCUGAAGACCUUUUUGAGAAAACCACCACCACUUCAGGGUUCGGAAGCGUCCGACCUUCUGAUGGCGUCGAGCUCAGUGCUGCAGAACUGGUGAACCGCCGCAGGGAGGAGCGGGAGUCCUUCGCCAACGUGAAGCGAGAAGCCGACAGACUUGAGAAGUCUGUGGACCGCCUGAUCACUGACACGGAUAGUCUAAUCCUGGACGGUAGAUUAGUGGUGACAAAAGGGGAAAGUCUGCUAGGAGGAGCUGGGGACCCUCAAAUCCUGGACACCAUCAACACCCGAAUGAAGGCUUUCCGCACAGAGCUGCACAUCUUUGUGGAGAAGCUGGAACAUGUCGGGGAAGGACUUCGGGAAAGGACUGAUGACCUGUCCCCGAUGCCGAACCUCACCGAGUCCAGCAGCUUCCUGUCCACGGUCACAUCCAUGUCUCGAGAUUCUCCCAUCGGCACCUUCGGGAGAGACCUGGUGACGGACUUCCCGUCCGGUCAGAGGGAUGAGCUGGAGUGGCGCGUAGGACAGGAGCGAGGCUUGGAGCCCCACAGCCAGGGUGGGGGCCCGACCCAGAGCAGGGGAGCUGCGGGACUCACUUGGUACCACAGACCCCUGGUUUUAAGAACGGAGCUAAGGGACCCGCCCGCUGCCGAUGGUCACCUCCGUGGGGAUCACGAGCAACGGAUGAGAGUCGCAAUGGACGAACGGGAAGCCGUCGCCUUGCUGCCUCAGGUGGACGAGCGCUCGCGUCCCGAGGCCCAGCACGCCGGCCUGGAACUGCCGGGCCUCCAGGGUCCAGAGUCUUCCUGGGCUCAGGAGAGGGCGGUGCUGCAACAAGAGGUCCGCCUCUUCAGACGUAACACCGCCAUCUUCUACAUAAAGCUCAAGUCCAUCCUGGCACGAUGGAGGCUUGGACACAAAGGCGAGGCGCUGGACGAGGAAGCGCAACCUGAGUGGGAAGGCAUACCUGAGCUUGGACGGGUGAUGCCGCAUGGUGAGGGCGACGGGUCCGACCUGGGGCCUGUGUCACCUGAUGCAUAUCUGCAGCACCAACAACAGUUCGGUGAAAACCGGCAAAUGCUUCAGUCGCUGUCUACCCUCUUGGAGCAAUUUCGGGAAGAGCUGUGCGAAGAGGAGGCACGGCGCUGCCAACUGCAGCAGGCUUAUGCCAACGACAAAGCCGCCUGGGAGGUCAAAUGGGCCGAGAUGAACUGCCAGCUCGCUCAGGCGGAAGAGGAUGGGUGUGGCAAAUUGAGAGGCCAAGCUCAGGGAGGUGAAGGAGAACUGCCCCGAGUCCCCGAGUGGGCCCUGAAGCAGGAGCGCGAGGAGCACCGGCGUCUGCUGGCCGAGAGCCACAACACCUCGCUGGACCUCUGCCGGAGGCUGCAGCACAGCGAGAAGAGGUGGAGCCGUGAGAGGGCUGAGCUCCUGGACCACUUUGAGCGUCAGAAACAGGCAUGGGGCAGCGGCACACAGGAGCUUCACCACAAGAUGGCGAAGUUGCAAAGGGAACUCAACAGCCGGAGAAGUGAGGGUCACAGAGGACAGGACACCUCUUGCACUGGCCCCCGCUCACUGCGGUCACCAUGCUCCCCCUGUGUUUCCACCCCUGUUCUGAUCCCGCCAGCUCGCUCCCUCUCCGACUCUGAUACCAUGCUGGAGGUGCAAGGAGAGGCUGUCAUGAGGCUGAGAAGCCCAACCGAGAGCCCCUGCCUGGAUGCUCUGUCUCUGGAUGCCCUCGGCAGCCAGGAGGUCCCCGCACCGUCGAGACUGGAGAGCGAGAAGAGGUCCCCCUGCAUGAAGGAGGUCCUGAAUGUGCUUUCAGAGAGAGAAGGACCUCCUGAGUCUGAGGAAAUGAGUGGUGGCAGUUUGCUCAGAGUCAAGUCAGUGUGCUCCAUGAGCGACUUCCAGCGUCUGAUGGACAGCUCGCCAUUCCUCCCUGAAAAGACCCGUCACGGUGAGCAAGGCCAAGAUGAUGUCACCCCGCCCCUCUCUCCGGAUGACCUCAAGUACAUCGAGGAGUUCAAUAACAAGGGUUGGGACUUCCCGACGUCCCCUACCAGCCCAGGUCCUGCUCGGGAGCCAUGGAGCAGCAAAACCUCAGAGACGCGAGCAGUGGAGCCGGCUAUGGAUUCCCUCCAACUGGCCUCCUGGUUCCUCACCACCAGUGCCAGCCUGACUACCACCAGCACCCUGACCAACCCUAAUGCUUGCCACAAGUCCACGGUGAGGUGCACCGCAGCUGGCUUGGGGUCGGACAAUUAUGGGGUCCCCAUCCUCCACAGCCCCACCAGACCUGGACCAGCUGAGCACUCCAUGCGGGAGUCUGACCUCCUCUAUGCAAAAGGAAGUAGAAGUGGGGGUGAGGCGCCCAGUGGACCAGAUGAGGUAUUCAUCAGUGGGCGGUGGCCAUGUGGUCUUUUGGAGGCAGGGGGCUUGAGGACUUCUCCGAGCCAGGCUCCUAUCUGCUCCACAGUCGGCUACGCCUCCUCACUAGAGCUGCAGCUGUCUCGGAAUAUGAGUGAUGACAUGAAGGAGGUGGCAAUUUCUGUGAGAAAUGCUAUCCGCUCCCCGCCGGGGCCCGUGGUUCGCGAGACAGCCUGUCAGACCAACGGUUUCGCCACACGAGGCACUCAGACCACGCAGACCAUCAGUGUGGGUCUGCAGACUGACCUACUGAGGAAUCUGACUAGUAGUCCCCACCGCUGCCUCACCCCAAAAGGGGGCGCCACACCCAUCUCAUCGCCAUCACGGAACACGAGGAAGGUCCAGUACUCGCCCGUCAUCCAGACUAAGUUUGAGCGACCCUGCUGCUCGCCAAAGUAUGGCUCACCCAAACUUCAACGCAAGUUGUCCACAUCCAACAAGGCCGAGCUACCCAACGCCAGCCGCGCUGCUGUUCCCACAACCCCCCAGAAAGGCAACAGCGAAUCAGCCUGGGCCCGAUCCACAACCACGCGGGACAGCCCAGUCCACACCACCAUCAACGAUGGCCUCUCCAGCUUGUUCAACAUCAUCGACUACACCCCUGUGGUUUACGACAGCAUGCAGAAGUUCAACAAGUCUCCCAGCCGCUCCCGUCCCACGCCACCCCCCACCACAGAGCCCAGUCCCGCCCAUGGGGCUCUCUCCGCCGACCCCAGGAAUGAAUGCACACGGACCGCCAGAGGACGCUCGCCCAGCCCCGUCCAGCUGAUAGUGGAGACACAGGGGGACCGGAACCCAGAGGUGGUGAGCAUUCGCCAGGACUUGUCGGCCCCCCCGGGGUACACGCUGGCAGAGAACGUGGCACGCAUCCUCAACAAGAAGCUGCAGGAGCAGAGCUUCGGAGACGAGAGGCGGAUGCAGGCCGGAGGGAUAGGAAAUAAGAUGGGGGACGCGGAUAGGUCACAGCCUGGAUGUAUGGAGGAUCUGCCUCGCUCUCCGGUGGCUCCGCCUCUGGACUCCUGCUUCCUGAGGCCGGCCCGCCCAGCCAACCGCCGCCCCCCCUCUCGCUGGGCCAACGUCUCACCACCCUCCUCUUCCACCUCCAGGAGGAGUUUCACCUUCCCGCUACCGGGAUGUCGCCGAAGCAGCAUCGUGGAAGGCGAAGAGCUGGCGUGAUAAUGAUCCUCUACCUCUGAUGCCAACGCUAACACCACCCACCAAGCCACCCCCACCCCCCUACCCCCCAAAAAAACAAAAACAAGGGGGGGUCACCUGAGAAACACCAGCUGACCCUUUGGGGAAAAAAACUGAACUUCUUGGUAGAAGAACCUGGAACGUACUGUAGUCAUUAUCAUCAUCAUCAUCAUCAUUAUGAAGAACAAAAGUCCACGUCUCA